AGAGGUCGCACUCCAACAUGGCGGCGCCCAUUAGCCGAAGUCUUGCUCGAAGAGUCGGAAUAGUUUCAAAGCAUUUUUUGUGCUUAGUGCCAUCGUCAACAAGAUGCUGUUGUCCUGCACUUAUUGCUGAGCUGUCGGUGAAUAGGCUGAUGUGUUGCAGCACUCAAGAAGUCAAACUUCCUAAGAUCUACACAAGAACUGGAGACAAAGGAACUUCUGUAACCAUUGCCGGUGAUCGUCGGCCAAAAGAUGACGAGAUAUUUGAAGCUCUAGGAGCCACUGAUGAACUUUCAUCUGCCAUCGGGCUCGCCAGGGAGUUCUGUGCUGAUGGCAAGCUUUCCUUUGAUCAACAGCUUCAUGAGAUUCAGUGUCUCUUGCUAGAUGCUGGCUCCAACAUAGCCACACCCAGAAGCCUGGCAUCGCCCAAUCAGCUCAAUGUGAUGGCAUUUGAUGGAGCGUGUGUAGAGACACUAGAGACAUGGAUUGAUGAGUACACAAACCAGCUACCUCCGCUGAAAAACUUCAUUCUACCAUCUGGUGGUAAGGCCAGUGCAUCGCUACACAUUGCAAGAUCUGUGUGUCGCAGGGCAGAGAGAAGGAUUACUCCUUUGAUGAUAAAGAAUGAAAUCGAACCAAAUGUGGGGAAAUACUUGAACAGGUUGAGUGAUUAUUUAUUCACGUUGGCAAGAUACGCCGCACAGUGCGAAGGCAAGCCAGAGACUGUAUACAAGAAAGUGCGACCACGGCAACGAAAGAAAUGAUUUGGCUGGAGUAUCCUGAAGUAUUAUCCGAGUGUCAUAGUUCAAUAAUUACAGAGUUUCAAAUAUAGGGGUGGUUGUGGGGGGGGGGGCCUCCAUAUCUUUUAAACCCUCUCUCCUUGAGUCAUGACAGAUUUUUUGGGCGAAUUUUGUUGUAAAUGAGCAAGAUUACACCCAUGUAUACAAUUUUUAUUUUGAAUAUACCAGUACAUUUUGUGGGUGAUGGUAUUACCCUUUGACCACAGUGUCAAGUAACUUGGGCUAUGAGUGCUGUUAGUCCGAAAAUUUUGGACUCUCAAUACUGUGUAUGAGAGUCCCAAACCUUCAGGUAUUGAAAACAUGCAAUACAAGAAAA